UCUCUCAUUGGAGAAGAUCCAAGCAGUCAAUUCCUGCAGUAAAUUCUGAAGCAAAAGAAUCCAACUUGAAAACAAAAUACUAUAUGUGGCCACAUCUUGUCUAGGUUCAAUGUAUCUCAUUAAAUCAUCCGUUAUUCUUGUCAUCAACUCUUACCUUUUAAACCCACUCUUACCAAUUAGGCUGAUCGGCAUCGUAGCUAACCAUGGGAGAACUACAAGUGAUAGAUCCUGCCUUCAUCCAGGCCCCGGAGCACAGGCCUAAACCGGAAUCCGUGCAGGCCAACAACGUCCCGUUGAUCGACCUCUCCCCGUUAGGCGCACGGGAGCCUGACCUGGGCACCCUCGAGAGUCUAGUGGCACAAAUCGGCCAGGCCUGCAAGGACUGGGGGUUUUUCCAAGUGAUCAACCAUGGCGUGGCGUUGCAUCUCAGGGAGAAGAUGGAGCUCGUUUCAAAGCAAUUCUUCGCUAUGCAGAAAGACGAGAAGAAGAAGGUAGCGAGAGACGAGGUGAAGCCUCUGGGAUACUAUGACACCGAGCACACAAAAAACGUGAGAGAUUGGAAGGAAGUCUUCGAUUUCACACUGCAAGAGCCCAUGAUCUUACCGCAUGAUCACGAGCACAGAGAGAUGUGGAAUCAGUGGCCUCCUCACAAUCCUCCUCAGAUGAAGGAGGUGUGCCAGCAGUAUGGUGCUGAGAUGGAAAAACUGGGGCACAAGUUGUUAGAGCUCAUAGCAUUGAGCUUAGGUUUGGAGAGAGACCGGUUUAAGGGCUUCUUCGAGGGUGGGACAACCAGCUUCAUCCGGCUUAACCACUACCCGCCCUGCCCGGUUCCUGAUCUGGCUCUGGGGGUGGGCCGGCACAAGGAUGCCGGGGCACUCACGGUUCUUGCUCAGGAUGAGGUUGGAGGGUUACAGGUUAAGAGGAAAAGUGAUGGGGAGUGGAUUCUUGUCCAUCCUACGCCUAAUGCGUAUAUUGUCAAUGUUGGUGACAUAAUACAGGUUUGGAGCAAUGAUAAGUAUGAGAGUGUGGAACAUAGGGUGAAGGUGAACGCGGAGAGGGAGAGGUUUUCGAUUCCAUAUUUCAUGAAUCCUACUCAUGAUACCAAGGUGGAGCCACUGGACGAGCUGCUGAGCUCGCGGAAUGCUGCAAAGUACAGAGCCUAUUGUUGGGGGGAGUUUUUUGCCACAAGGAAGCUCAGUAAUUUCAAGAAGCUUGAUGUUGAGAAUGUUCAGAUAUACCAUUUCAAGAACUAAUAUAAAGUUUCUCUUUCCAUUUGGUGGUUUGCUUAUAUGUAUUUUCCUUGGAAAGAGUGGUUCUUCCAUAAUAAAAUUUAGUAGUUUCCUCUGUGUUUCUUAA